AUUUUCAAACAUUUCUUUUCCAAACUUUCGUUUUGAAGCAAAAUAUUUUGAAUUAUUUUCUCUCAAUUGCAAGGAAAUACACGAGCUUUUCUAGCGAAAUAUGUCGCACGACGUGACCGUAAACUUCAACGGCAAAUCAUUUAACCUUCGUUUUCAACCAUCCUGGACAAUCGCUCGACUAAAACACGAAAUUGCUCGCAAGAAAAAUGUCAAAACUGCUGGAAUUAAAAUCAUUUUUGCCGGUCGAGAAUUACCCGAUGAAUUAACACUCGGGAAUGCAGAGAUGAACCACAGCGUCAUUCAUGCUGUUCAGAAAUCUGGUCAGAUCUCAGUUGAUGCAACUUACAAUGCGAAUGAUGGUUUGACGAAAGUGAAACUGACACAGGAUGAUGAAGAUGGUGAAUCUCAACAAUCAGGCAAGCAAAGUUUCUUCUUUGUUUAUUGUAAAACUUGCAAGAAACUAAACACGAGGAAAAUUGCGAUGUCGAUGUUCAAAUUGCAAGGAAGGAAGCUUCGUUCUAUCACAGGGUCCAAAUGGUUGGGAUGAUGUAUUGAUCAAAGGCCGCAUGCAGGGACAAUGUGAAUACAGUACAAACUGUCAGGGAACUACAGCUGAAUUUUAUUUCAAAUGUGGGGAA